AUGAAGCUCAAAAGAGGUAAAAAGCAAAGAAAGUCUGGAGCACAAAACCGCGGAAAUGUAGAUGCUCAGAGUCAGAAAGAUGCAUUGUACCACCAAGAAAAGUUUGUCAAGAAGAUUCAAAAACAAAAGUUCCACGAGAACAAAGAGAAAGAACUUGCGAGACAACCACAUUGUCUGGUUAUUCAUCGUGGAGACGUCGGAAAAUACGUGAAAGGCUUGGAGUCUGACUUGAGAAAUCUCGUUGAACCGAACACUGCCAAGAAUCUGAAAAUUCUCAAGCGAAACAAUAUUAAAGAUUUCAUUGUAAAUGGUGCAGUUCUUGGAGUGACCAAUAUGAUGGUUUUGACAUCGAGUGAUGCUUCUCUGCAGUUGAGAAUGAUGCGUUUUUCGCAAGGACCAACUCUCUCUUUCAAAGUGAAACAGUACUCCCUGGCCCGUCAUGUUGUCAAUUGCCAAAAACGCCCAGUGGCUACUGACAAAUUGUUCAAAUCUUCACCGCUAGUUGUAAUGAACGGUUUUGGAGAUGGAUCGAAAAAACAUCUCUCCCUAGUACAGACAUUCAUACAAAACAUGUUUCCAUCUAUCAAUGUUGAUACGAUUCAACUUGGCAAUUUGAAGCGCUGUCUGAUUGUGAGCUACGACGAAGAAACCGACGAAAUUCAGAUGAGACACUACGCCAUUCGUGUGGUAGCAUCUGGACUCAACAAGUCAGUGAAGAAACUUAUGCAAGCCGAAAAGACGAUGGGCAAAAAUAUUCCAAAUCUGAGCUCCUAUAAAGACAUCAGCGACUAUUUCCUCAACCCAGGACAGUUGAGUGAUUCAGAAUUCGAAGGGGAUCAGCAAGAAGUUGAACUUCCACAAGAUAUUUCGGAAGGACGAGGAUGUGGAAUCGGACAAAAAAGUAAUGUUCGUCUACAUGAAAUCGGACCUCGAUUGACACUGGAACUUACAAAAAUUGAGGAAGGAAUUGAUGAGGGAGAAGUCCUUUACCAUAAGCAUCACUCAAAAACUCCAGACGAGUUGAUCAAACUGCGGGCUCAUAUGGAUAAGAAAAAACAAAUGAAGAAGCGACGUGAGCAAGAAAGCGAGCAACGAGUCAUUCGAAGAUUGACUAUUGCCAAAGAACAACAAGAUGUUGAAGAGGCCGAAGAAAAAGCAAUCCGAGAAAAUGCUGCACGUAGGCAAGCUGCUGCCACUGGACAAGUUGAAGAAGUCGAGAACCAGAAAGAGAAGGACAGAGAGAUUGCCAUGAACAGAGAACGAGAACUCAAACGCGCCAACGAAGAAUGGGGAACUGAAAAUCCAAAGAGAGGACGAUAUGAAGAUGGUCGAGGAAGAGGUAGAGGCGGUGGAUUCCGAGGUAGAGACGAUGAAGGAAGCAAUUACCGAGGAAGAGACGACGGUGGUUAUCGGGGAAGAAGUCAAAGUGGAGACAGAGGUAGAAGCUUUGAUAGAGGAGGCUUCCGAGGACGAGGUGGCGGAGACCGCGGUGGAUUCAGAGGAAGAGGCGGAUUUGGUGGUGGUGAUCGUGGAGGAUUCAGAGGAAGAGGUGGAUUUGGUGGCGGAGACCGUGGAGGAUUCAGAGGAAGAGGAGGAUUUGGUGGUGGUGACCGUGGAGGUUUCAGAGGAAGAGGAGGAUUUGGUGGUGGUGACCGUGGAGGAUUCAGAGGAAGAGGUGGAUUCGGUGGCGGAGACCGCGGAGACCGCGGAGAAGGAUUCAGAGGAGCAAGUCGUGGGGGAUCCCGAGGUCGUCGUUAA